AUUUGAUAAUCGUACAUACUAUACAAUCAUUCACUAUCUUUCUCAUCCUUUUUCUUCCCAACAAAAUCUCUACCAUUUUUCUUCACAGAUCCAACUCAUCACUCCCCAAAACAAUCCAUACUCAUCACUCCUCUCUCUCUCUCUCUCUCUCUUCAAUUGCACCCAUUAGAUUCCCUUUCCACCUUCACUGUUUUCGCGUUUCCACUCAAUUUCUUUACUGGACUUGAACCAACUGAUUGGGGUUUCUUUUCACCAACCAGAUUCGAUUCGACCAGUCAUGGGUGCUGUGUAGAUUCUUCGUUAUUCAUCCUGUUUUCAUCCAAACUUCAUUUUUUGUUUUUCUCAACUUUGGGGCUGUGUUUUAUUUGGUUUCUUAUGAUGGAUCUUGUUAUCGGUGGAAAAUUCAAACUUGGGAGGAAAAUUGGGAGUGGAUCAUUUGGAGAGCUUUAUUUGGGUGUUAAUGUGCAAACUCAAGAGGAAGUGGCUGUUAAGCUGGAACCUGUGAAGACAAAGCAUCCUCAACUUCUCUAUGAAUCCAAAUUGUAUAUGCUUCUUCAAGGAGGAACCGGCAUACCUCAUAUAAAGUGGUCUGGAGUCGAGGGAGACUACAAUGUCAUGGCUAUCGACCUUCUUGGACCCAGUCUCGAAGACUUAUUUAACUAUUGCAGUAGAAAAUUCUCUCUGAAAACAGUGUUGAUGCUUGCAGAUCAACUAAUAAACAGAGUUGAGUAUAUGCACUCUAGGGGCUUUCUGCAUCGUGAUAUAAAGCCUGACAACUUUUUAAUGGGUUUAGGCCGCAAGGCAAAUCAGGUAUACAUUAUUGACUACGGUCUUGCAAAAAAGUAUCGUGAUCUUCAGACACAUAAGCAUAUACCAUACAAGGAAAACAAGAACCUCACCGGAACUGCUCGAUAUGCAAGUGUUAAUACUCAUCUUGGAGUUGAACAAAGCAGAAGAGAUGAUCUAGAAUCACUUGGUUAUGUACUAAUGUACUUUUUGAGAGGAAGUCUUCCAUGGCAAGGCUUGAAAGCUGGUACUAAAAAGCAGAAAUAUGACAAGAUAAGUGAAAAGAAGAUGCUUACUCCAAUAGAGGUCUUGUGCAAGUUACACCCAACAGAAUUCACAUCAUACUUCCACUAUUGCCGAUCAUUGCGGUUUGAAGAUAAACCUGAUUAUUCAUAUCUUAAGAGGCUCUUUCGGGACCUGUUCAUUAGAGAAGGUUAUCAGUUUGACUAUAUAUUUGAUUGGACUAUAUUGAAGUAUCCACAAAUCGGAUCCAGCUCUAGAACACGGCCGAGUGUGAAACCAGCCUUAAACCCAGCACCAUCUGGAGAGCGAUUAGAACGACCUUCAGUUGGACAAGAGAUUCGAGAUAGAUUAUCAGGUGCAGUGGGGGCAUUUUCAAGAAGGAAUGGUUCUGGGCAUGGACUGCAUAAGGAUCUUUCCAAGCAUAGGUCUUUAGAUAAUAUGCCAUCUCCUAAAGAUGUGCAACCUGAUUCUGACAGGGCUCGCAGUUCAACUCGUAAUGGCAGUUCUUCAAAAAGGCCUAUGAUAUCAAGCAGCAGACCAAGCUCUUCCGGGGAGCCUAGUGAAGGCCGGUCUAGCAGACUGGUCUCGAGUAGUAGUCGUUUAUCUUCUACUCAGAGGGUUCAACCAGGUUUUGAAUCCAAAUCAUCCUUCACCCGUGCUGCCACCGCAGGGACACGAGGUAGCCGCGAUGAUACACUCAAGAGCUUUGAGCUCCUGUCAAUUGGUACAGGUAAAAGGAAAUGAGCGAAAACUGUCUAUGGUUGCAUUGUCUUAUCCUUUUAUUGAGACAUCCGCCCUUCACGCCUGUUCGUUUUACUCCGUAUAUUUCCGUCCUGUGUUGGGGUCCAUUCAAUUCCAAAAGCUAAUUGAAAUUUCUCAAUGAAGCUUUGACAGACCCCUCCCUCAUGCUUCUUCAGAUGUUCUUCCAUGAUUAUCUAAGCAUUGUUCCAUUCAUGAAGAGUUUCCAUCUUUAGGAAUUUGUUUAUAUACAUGAGAGAUACCUACUUGUAAUAAAUAGACACACUCUACAUGUUUUUCUGUUGGACAAAGGAAAAAAAACUUCCAAGUCUAAUAUGCUUUACAAGUUUUUGCACCAUUCCAUUGCAUCAUUGGAACCAUUCUAGUAGUGGGUGGCUCCUCAUUUUUAUUGGCAAAAAACAUGACAUCAGUGCACAAGUGGAAACAAACUUUUGUUCAAUUUCUAAAUUGUUUGGAGCCUCCUUAGGUUUAAAGUUUUUGCAGGCAGCUAUGAAGUUGUACUUUUUUUAAAGAUAAUGCUAAUUAUCUAGUAAUUGAUAUUAAAAGUGAUUCAUAA